AUGGACUCUACUUUCACGAUGCCUCCUGCUCCUUCGCCCACCAAGGACUCCACACUCUUCAAGGGCAUACCCAUCGAAGCGCGCGUUACGCGCCGCAUGUCCGCUCUGCCCCCUCGCACCACUGCACUCGGUCGUUCAUCGACGCUCAAGAUCAACUCGAGCGCUACACUCGUCGAUCCGAACGCUUCGGUGCCGGCGCAUAUGCUCACAUUCCCAGACGACGAGCGCGCACGCCGCAGGCGCCGGCGGCACUCCGAGCACCCCACGAACGCACCUCCGCGCCGCAGCUCGCCCACCGAGCAACUCCCAUCUAAGCGCCCGGACACGGCGGACAGCAGUCUGCCCUCCGGCCCAGCGCCGCAACGCCCUCAACGCCAUCCUACGCUGCACCUUCAUGACGUGGACGAGAUGCUUACGCCUAAAGAGGCGCGUCCGAGGCGGUGGGCUGAUACGCCUGGGGCCGCAUCUGUCGCGGCGUGGGUAGCGGAUCAGCAGGUGCAAUCACAGUUCCAGUUUGCGCCUAUCCCGCCUACGCCCACUGCGGCUACCUCGAAGCAGAGCGGACUAUUGGGGAAGUCGCAAGUUGACAUCGACAUGCCUCCCAAGAAGACUGGUGGGAAGAUGAAAGCCGGUGACGCGUCUCCGGCGCAAGAUCCGCCGGUGUUCACGACCAGGAGUGCGAAGGCUGGGCUUCAGUUCCCGGUUGGCCGUAUUCACCGUUACUUGAAGCUCAGGACACAGAAUCAGAUGCGUGUGGGCGCGAAAGCUGCCGUGUACACCUCUGCUAUCUUGGAGUAUCUCACGGCUGAGGUGCUUGAGCUUGCCGGGAACGCGUCGAAGGAUUUGCGCGUGAAGCGCAUAACGCCUCGCCACCUACAACUCGCCAUCCGGGGAGAUGAAGAGCUGGAUACACUUGUCCGCGCGACAAUCGCGGGAGGAGGUGUGCUGCCGUUCAUCCACAAGAGCUUGACGCAGGGUAAGGGCAAGAAGCCCGAGGGACAGAAUGCUUAG